AGCCAAAAACAAUAGGAACAAUUUAAACAUUUGAGAAAGAACUGACUCCGUAGUUGUAAAGCAAGUAGACAGAGACAUCUUCUGAUAAGACCUAAAAACUUCCACCAUUCCCAUUAAACUCGUUUUGGAUCUCGUCAUCCUCAUCCCGUUUCCCUGUUGUUGGUAUUUACUAUUCUGCGUAAGCAUCAAAACCAUCAUUUCGACAAGAUGACAUCUUCUGGCUCCAGCAGGAAUCAAAAAGACAAGAAGUUCAUGGACGAUGUAAAUCUCCUGAUAGACACAGAAAUAGAACCUCUAGUGAAAAAUAUUAUAGAACAACACAAGGGCAAGCGCAUCAGCAACGCAGACGGUAAUAGAAUAUGCUACAGCUAGCGUAUUGAUGUUUUACUUUAUUUUCAAAGGCCAUUCAAAUUCAAUUGAAUAUUCGGUGUUUCUUUGACGGCUCGGAGCAGCAACUACUCGCAGGUUGUAAAACUAUUUCAAACUGAAAAAUAGCAAGUCUUUCUUCGGUUGUCGCGAUUCGUUCGCUUGCAUCUUCCCAGUCGGAAUCAAUGUUAAUGUUUUUUCAACCCCGCACACCAUAGGUACGUAUUCGGCUAUUCGAAAAGACGUCCAAACGAAAAAGGACGCUAUAAUGAAGGAGAAAAAUUAUUUGCUGUGGCACUGGCAAACGAAAGUAUGGAACAGCUACCAAGCCGCGCUCUUGGACCACCAGUACAUCAGGGCAGCCCUAACCGCAACAACACUUCGAGACACCAUCAAACCCGCGUGUAUAGAGAGAAUAGUGAGAUGGAACAACGCGGAAAUCGGUGACGGAGCUCGCGCAGCGUACUACAAGCAAAACAAGUGGAGAGACAUUCGAAGGUACUUUACAUUAUGAUUUUUGUUCUUUGAUUUAUGUUUUUCAUUUGGCACUACUAUUUUGUUUUCUUGUUCGCUCUUGUAGAAAGAAAAAGCUCACGAUAUUGAUAGUGUUAAAUCGACAAGUGUUGCCCUAAGGUUGUGACUUCGGUAGUUUCCAAAUGUUCGCCUCGAUCUCGUUUUCUUCUUCGAUAUGACUGGAGCCAUCGUCUGAACCGAUGACAACGAGAGUAAUCGCAUCUUAUGUUCGUAACCUGUAGCGGGAUCUUUGUUACGAAGGAGGUGAGAAAGUGGCUUUUUCUGGAAGUUGAGCAAAGUCGAAAGUUCUGUUCGUUUGUUUCCAUGCUGAGAAAUCUUGCAUCAUGAAGAAUGAGAAUGAUGGAAAAUUCACCAUGCGAACUUUGUCAACUUCUUCUGGCUCAAGGCCGCGCAACAAUAAAACGAUCUUAGCAGCAAAUGAAAUGCGACUUGAGUCACCCCAUGAAUUCCCCUUAUUGUGUCCUGAACAUGGACACACUUAUCUUGUGCUCUAGGUCGAGCAUGAUGUGUUGUUCUUUCUUUUUGUCAGUAUCUUUUCUUUCCGUCAUGAAUCUAGUCGGUCAAAGGGACAGUGAUGCGAAAUCGGCUCUUAUUCGCACCACUAUCAACAGUGGUAGCGGAAGAGUUGGCUACGAUCCACCGAUGACAUAGAGUUUAGUUUAAAAAUUGUACUUCUAGUCAGUUUCACCAAAGCAUCAUGAUAAAAACAGGAAAAAGCAUAAGUUGGCAUGAGGAGAAAUAGAUAGGGUAGAAACAAGAUACGUAGAAAGUAGUUUGUAGGUCUUUUGUUUUAGUUGUUUUAGGAAAGGACGGAGGUCUUCCUAGCGGAAACAGCAAAACAAGAAUGGGGAGCGGAAAAGGGAGAAAGAAUGGAGGCAACAAGAGCUUCCACGAUACUCAGAAGGACCUAAAUUGGUGGAGGGACUUCGAAGACGAGUUCAAUGAAUUAAAGAGGCUAAACGGCACGUGGUUGAAAUCACUUCUCGAGAGCAACACGUUGCCGGGGAAAGUGGUACCAACCAGGGAGGCCAAAGAGUUCGAACGACGCUUCUGGGCGCUACAGAUGGCGAACCCAGACUGGCUUUGGCAGAUGCGUUUGAUGGGACAUACGAUUGACGAAAUCGAGCACGGCAGACGAGCAAAAUCGUCCAGCAAGACGACAAAGGGAGAAAAGCAAAAAGGAAGAUCUCUGUCCAUAGAUAAUCCAGUAGGGAAAGGAUCGUCUAGCUUUCAGCAGAGCUCAUCUUCCUCCUCGGCUUCCUCAUCGUACUACAACUCACAAAUGAUUCAUGGAAAUUAUUUUUCAACUUCCUCUUCGAGCUCUACUGGCAAUAGUGGGAAUUUGUUCUCGGGUACAAAUGAAGAGCAGCAAAUCUUUGCUGUAGGAAGUUUCAGUCAAAAUAGUAACAAUGAUCAGUACAGCCAAAACAAUGUCCAACGGAGAGGUCGCUCGCCAAUAGCGAGUUCGAGCGAUCUUGACGAAAGCGGACGUUUGUACGGACGAAGAUUGCAAUCAAGAGGCGAGGACAGAGCAGGAGAUAGAGGAGGCUCGAGCAGCGCUUCCUCAUCGACCACAUCUUCGAGGGUAGUGGGACCACCACACCUUCCCAGGUUAAACCGGAAUCCUGGCACCGUGAACGAAGGUCGAAGUCUGUCGGUUGCAGCAAAGGCGAAAGCACAACCAAAGCAGAGGAGCUCUAGGUCAUCGAAAGGAGAAUCAAACACGGAAAGGGUGAGACGGCUUGCACGACAGUCAGUGGAGAGGAGAAAAGAAGAGGAAAGCAGAAGGAGAAACGGCCCUAGACCUGCAGCAAGUAGCUCCUCUUCCCAACCGACACCGCGACCAGAUACGACUGGACGACCAAAGGAAGGAAACAAGACAAAUCACUGUGAUUCCAAGAAAUUGGAGGAGCAAGUGGUGGAACCAGAAGAAGAAGGUGAACAAUCAGAUUCGGAAUCGCAAGUGCUUGCUGUCCCUAGGCAGCAAAGGAAAAACGGUGGAAAGGGCAGAAUUGGGAAAGCACAGCGAAAGAGGAUUCGUGAGGAAAAAAGGAAACUACUCGGAUACGGUGCGGUAGAAGAAUUUCAUGAGUAUCGAAAACUCAAGAACGCGGAGAAGGUGAAGUUCCUCAAGAAGAAAACAGCUGAUAAAGUUCUUGCGGUUGCCUUCUCGCAAUAUCAGCAGUCGGUAAUAGAUAAGAAGAAGGAACAAGAGCGGCUGAAAAAGGAGCGCUUGAAGAAGAAGAAAGAAGAGGAACAAACAACGACAGCUGUAGAAAAACAAGAAGAAGGUGAAGAGAGUGAGCCACGACCUGAACCGUCCGAAUCAUCGGAAGUGGACCCACAAGCACUAGCGGAAGCUGCGAGUGAACUAUCUUCAUCGGAGGAAAACGGAGUAGAAGAAGAUUUUCAAGAUUCACCAGCUCAGCGACCAGGAAGAGGAUCCGGAGGAUCUAGGAGAAGAAGACAGUUUGUUUGGGUUCCGAAGAACAGGACUGAGAAGCCGCAACAUCCUACAUCAUCCUUGAAUCAGUCUUCACCAUCGACAUCGAUAGAAGGUCCAGCAGCAGUACACUGCACACAGGGAAGUGCACAGGAUACGUCGGAGCCAAGUUCCAGCUCUAGUAGCAGUGGUACGGGAGGAGCGUCGUCUUCCAGUGCAGACACUGUGUCAAACAGAAGACAAUCCGCAGGAAACAACGAAGAAGACGAGGAGGAGAAAAAGAAGAAGCGUAAGAAAGAGGAAGCAGAGAAGGAGAAGGAGAGAAAACGCAUUGAAGAUAUCAAUCGAUAUCAAUAAUAGCGUGACUCUUGAGUCUCAAGCUGCGUCUAGGUAAGGAAAGUUAGAAAGAAAGCACCCUUAUAGAAGAAGGAAAGUUAGUUGGUUGUUGUCUCUUCACAAUUUUUGUUGUAUCCAAUGUUUAGAGCUGUAAGUGGUAAAAGUGAAAAAGAAAGGUGAUAAGAGUUUUUCCUUGAAGGUUUAGCAAACUAGAAGAAAGCAAAAAGGUUUUUUCCCUGGGUAAACAUAAAAAGGUAAGCCUUUUCUCGUGCAUUGUUUUUAGGAAAGUUUAAGAACAGAAUUUAGAAAUGAGUGGUAAUACGGGAGGAGGCGUGAAUAUGAAUGAUCAAGGUGGUGCAGGAAGUGGAAGUGGAAGAAAUUCACUCCCUUUCGAUGCCGCCGGGUCAAGUACUCCGUCUCGAGGAUUAUACUUUAGGAGAAAACAAGAAGGAGGCCUUUCGGUCCAUCUUACUCCGGCUCUGACAGACGGCCCUUCUAGGAGAAGGUCACCAAGAAGAACUGCUGAUCUAGUGGAUCCUGGUAGAAUUUCCCCCGGGAACGAAUAUGGGGAUUCACAGAUUUAUGCAAGGGUAGAAGCCGUCCUACGAAAACUGACCACAGUACAGGGGGCGACCUUAACGGCAGGAAUCAACUUUGAGGAAGACAUGGAAGAGGCUCCUCUUCAAAUGAGGAGCCGGGUGCUUGGUGAUGAAAGCUUAAUGCAAAAAUGGUCUGAGGAUGCAGGAGUGGAGAUGGCGGCGCUAAGGUCGCAGAUUGUAAGUGGAAGGUCUAAUGUAGAUGACCUUUUCACUACUUUGCUGCAGAACCAGAGGAUGGCGGAAGCAGAAAGGACCCAGCGUGAUGCCGAAAGAAUGUAUCAACAGGAGCAAAUAGGUCUACUUGCGCGUCGUCUGAGUCAGCAAGAAGAAGAGACUGAGGAAAGGGCGAAGAAGUCGGAUUCACUAGUGGAGGCACUGACUCAAAAACUUGACCGGAUGGCUGAGGCAAAUAGUCGACGUCCUUCACAGGCUUCCGCGGGUAGUCCAGAGCCAGCAUCUCCGGAACUUUUGGAGGAAGACCCAGGAAGAAACUUCUACCCUCCAGGGUUGGGAGUUGGACCAGUUUGGAGAAAUCCUCCACCAGAGCAGUACUCGCGAUACGAACAACAAUAUCCUGACAACGGAUACGAUGGAUAUGCGUAUUACCAAGGGCAACAUUACGAUCCCUAUGGAAAUGCGCUAGAGUACUCUGCAGAAUACGAUCAGAAUCCAAGAGGAAAGAAAGGCCAAGGAGGAAAGGGGGAUGGCAAGUUUUACGGAAAACAAGGAAAGAAGGGGACUGGAGGAAAGGAAAAGGGAACAACGAUGCCUAAGUACCAGCCGUACAUGUAUCGUGCUGAUCGACAGGAUCCACGAAAGCACACCUAUCCGCAGAAGCAGGGUCCCACUAUCACUGAUGAGGAAGGCCUGAUCGCGGUCUUGCCGCCUCUCAUGAUCCAGUUGGAGACUGAAAUGCGGCGGAAUGGAGAAGAGAUCAAUCACUGACAAGAAUAGGGCCAAGUUCUCUAGAAGGGAUACUGCGUCUGUGUUGAAAAAGUUUUCGGAAUUCAGCAAUCUCUUGGAGUGGAAGGCGCACAUCGAACUGGCAGUAGGAGCAGGAAUGUCUCAAGGAGAAUGGUUGGCUUUUGUCAAUGAGAAAGAUGUGGUAAGGUCAAUGCUGAUCGAGGAGGCACAUACAGAAGCUGACCGGGUAGCUAUCUACGCGUAUGAGAUAAUCAGCAAAGAGAUCAGCGACACGUGGACACUCGGCAACUACUUCUCUGUCUUGUGCAGGAUCUGGCCAGAGAUGGCAUCUACAUUCACAAAGGAGAUACAGGCAUGGUCAGCCCAGGAUGGAGGUUGGUUGAAGAAGGAUGCUCCUCUUCACUUAGAAGCUGUACGAUUUGAGGUAGCGGCCUACAAAGUAGAACUCGAUCUGCAGCCGAAUACUAACAUAAAAAGAAUGCUAGUGCUGCGUGAGUUGCUACAGAGGGUGGCGAUUACUGGAGAGAUGUUGGACGCGAUUUCGCAAGAGUCGAACUUGCGCAGUUUUAGACUUCUUUCCUUCCAGGACAUCAAACGAUACGUAAUGCGCCGCCAGAACUUGCGAACAGCAAUGGCAAUAGCGAACCCGCAUGGUAAAUCCAAGGUUGGAGCAAAGACUUUGGAAAUCGAAGACGAAACUAGUUCUGCCUCCACAGAUGUUGUUGCUGCUGCGAAUGCUGUCAACGUGAACUACCCCAAGUAUGGGCAGAAGAGGAAAAUGGGGGCGCGAGCGGUUGGAAGCACUGGUCUGGAGAAAAGACCAGACUCGGAGCGUGUGCAGCGUUUGAAGAAGAAGCUUCCGUGCAACAAUUGCGGGCAGAUCGGCCAUUGGGCUAGGGAGUGUCCGAAACCACCAGGAUGCAAGAUCUGCGGCUCUUCAGACCAUAACUUCAAGGACUGUCCUGAUCAUGCGACUGCGAAGGAAAGGGUUGAUGCGGUUUUCUCGAAGUUCAUCCGUGAUCAAAGAGGUGGUGGUAAGAAGAAACUCCAGAAGGGAAGAGUCGGCUUCAGGAUGCAGUCUCUGGCUCCGGGAACAGAGGACGUCAUGGAUGAAGUUGUUCUAGUGGAACCAUCUUUGGACGACGAAGGUGAGGAGGUGGAAGAUGAAGAUGGUGGUGACAACAACUCUGGGGAAGAUAAGCAAGACGAUCCGGAAGAUGACGCUCUUGGGCAAGGCGUGAUUGCAAAUGCAGUCUCGUCACUUUUCCCCUAAGCCUUGGGAAGGCAAGAAACUCAUCCCUGGAAAAUUUUGCUAGUGAAGAAAUUUUGUCAUCCAUUGAAGUGGACAUGAUCGUUCACUCAAUUAUUGUAUGCAAUCUUUCUGAGGCUUCGGCGCCGAUAACUUUGGGAAAGGGUAGAGGAGACUACAGAGAAGAAGCUUUCGACAUUGAUAGCGGUUUCACUCAUUAUCUCUUUGCCGGGAGAAGGUGGCUGGAGCGGGCUGCUAUGUUCUUCGAGGAGGUGGGAGCACAGCUUCGAUGUCAGCGUCUGAAUGCCUCGGCUGAGACUGCUGGAGGAACAACAAGACUCUAUCUUGCAGUCUGGAUGCCGUGGCGAAUGUCAGCUAAUGGCUUCUGCGGAGUUGCCAAAUUGGUGACGGUUGACGACUCGGAGUGGAAAUCAGAAGCACCCAAGUUGAUUGGACUCUCUUUCCAGGAUGAGGAGGGGAUAAGCGCGCUGUGCUAUAGGGACAGCAGGACCAGGAGGACCUUGGCAAAGUGGGGAUCAUGGAGUGUCGGCAUCACAAACUUUAGGCUACCAUGCCCGUUGUUUAGUGGUGUCACUAAAGAACUCCUUGAAAAAGCCAAGAAAGUAGCAAGGGCGGAUGGUUCUGUGUUGACUCACCAGAUGAGAGAUCUGGAAAUGGAAUUUCAGGAAAGUGUAGGCGAAGUAAUCGCAGUUCGUAGCAUGAUCCAGGCAGAAAAACAAGAGGUAGAACAAGAAGAUGUUAAGGCACUUAGUAUUAUCUCGACGUCAGAAGAUCAGAAGUUGGAGGAUGAGUUUUGGAACAGCACUUUAGCAGGCAGUACCAAGGAGGAAGAGAUGAGGCACAUCCACAGGAAGAUUUUUGUGGCUGUUACGGUUGUGCCGAGGGUGGAAGAAGAUGAUGCAAAGGCGUGCAGGCGUGUGGUGAGGAACUUGGAUGAUUGGCGACAAAUCUUUCAGAUUGGUCGGAAUUUCCAUCGAGCUAAUUCCUAUAAAACAAACUGGCAAAGCUAGGAUACCAGCAGAAAAGAAGGAGGUGGAUCAGAAAAGGGAGCUUUUCGCACUCAGUGAGUCCGGCGUCAGCUCUAUAGUGGUUGACUACCUUUUCAAGGAGCCAGUUCAAGGAGCAGUCAAGCUGGAAGGUUUGAGUUUUCUGAAAAUUCCGAUCAUCGGUAAAAAGGCUAAGGUCGUUGGGCUAGUGGAAAAAGAUCUUUCCACAGCUCAAACACGAAGUCUGAAUGAGCUGGACAAGUUGCGUAUCAUCACUAUUCGGCGAGGAAUGGCACCACCAGCAAACUUCUCGCAUAACAAUCAUGUGCUAUUAGAAGUUUCUGUAGAAUGUGGCAAGGCAAUCGAGCAGGCAGAGCUGGAGACUGGUUCGGAAGUGACGGGCAUAGCGCCGGAAGCGAUUGAGGCGGUAAAGAAACAGGCAGGGACGGCGCAAUUAGUCAAGGAAGCAAAGGCGGCACUCAGUACUAAAGGGAAAAAGGUUGGCAUAGUGGGACAUGGAGCUAAGAGUGCGGUUGCAAUGGGGGAAGUACUUCAGCAGGAGACGCGUCUGUCAGUGGCGAAGAGAGUUUUCCACUUCAACUUGUUAACCAUGCUGAGCAGGAUUGGAAAAAGGGUAGAUAUCCGAGGAAGGAUUAGACCUUGGGGCGUUCUGAACACUGACCCGUUUCAGUUUUUCCUUGACAGAUGGAGUGUGGCUGUGGUAGAUGAUCCAAGGCAAGGCAUGACAAGACAACAGAUCAUGCUGAUCUUUGGACAUCUUCAACAGUUCUCUAGAAGUCAGGGAUGGCAAGUUAAGCCGCAAGUACUGCGAGACUUUGCAAAGAACAGCUUCCGACGGGUACCGCCACAGGCUUUGGAGAAGGCUAUAGAGGCAACAUUGCAGUAUUCUCUGAGGCACUACAGAUCGACAUCGGCACCAGGCAGGUUGGCAGUGGGCACGUGGGAAGGAGUGGAUCCGUCUGCGGUGGCUUUCUUCGACACCUCGUUUUUGGGUAAGCCGAUUCUUGAGGAGUCGCAAGCCUUUUUGAAUUAUCUGAUUCUGGUGACAAGGGAGUCUUUUGGUGUCCAUCUGGGUAAGAAGAAGAAGACGGAGGGCACAGAGGAAGAGACAGCGGCAAGUGGUCAUCCGAUCACUGCUGAUGUAAUGCAUUUUCUUUCCCUGCUUCUACAAACGGGGAAGUUGUCCUAUCUACAUGUUGCUGACCCGGAUCCGGUACAUGUUGUCAGGGCGCUGGCACAGUUUCUUCUGGAUCUCAAAAGGAGGCUACGGAUUGUGACAAGGAACUCACCUCAUGCCUUGGGGGCAAUGGAGAGAAGAAAUCGGACUUGGAAGGAGGUAGUGCGUCGCCUGGUGCUUGAUCCUGACUUGCGUGGAUUACCGUACAACAUCAUUUGUAUGAUUGCGCACUACGUGAUCUCAGAAAGGAUCAGGUCAGAGAAGGGGUUACAGCCACUACUAGGAUCCUUUCCACAAGACCCUGAAGCAGAUGCCAUGGCAGAUUGGGACCCAGAGGCGAUCAAGGAAAAGGUGGCAAUGACUGCUCAGCAUGCCGAAAGAGGACGCUUACAUCUAGCUCAGGUUUUACAACAUCCGGAUCACCAGCAGAUGCUGCGCACGUUGCGGGACAGAGCUUUAGAACCGACAAGGGGAAAGAUGUAUCCGAUUGGAGCACCGGUUUCGGCACAGACAAAGCAGGGAGUCUGGGAGGCAGGUGAAGUGCUGUACUACAAGCACGGGAGGUGUCAUGUUCGCCUACUAGGGCAGAGGAAAAAGGAAACAGCAGUAAAUCUCGAGAAUCUAAGAGCGAGGGUAGAUACGGAGUAUGUGCUGUCCUUGCCAGAGUCUAUCGAGGUGCGUGCUUGUGACUUGGAUAAUUUAGACUCUCUUCUUCAGCAGGCGCGAAGCGGUCAAGAAGUUCAUCGUAUUGCCGGAAAAUAUGCCUUCCGAAGUUGUAUCGAUUGUGGUCAGGUGCGGGCGUUACACCCUAAGGCUGUGGCUGGUCGUUUCACUAGAUGUCAAGAUCUAAGUGGAGUGAUUUGCGGGGACGUCUCUGACAAAGAAGUUUACACUUUGGAUGGAUGGAUACGACCGCGGAUGUUGAAGCCAGAGGCGAGAGCAGCUCACUUCAAGAACGAGAUGCUUGUGUUGGAGGAUUUAGACGAAGGUGACACUUUCCAAGCGAAUGAUGGCCGGCAGGUUCAUUUUAAUUUGGAAGAUGCAGCUUCCGGAGAAGAACAACCGGAGCAGGAAGAGCAACAGCAACAGGAACAAGAAGCGGAUGCUUUGAAGCUGUGCUCAGCCGCUUUGGCAGAAGCUGGGGAAGAUGGAGACGAUUUUAUUGUAGAAGGCAUUAGCAUCGAUGACCUUGGAGACAUGACCGCGGCGUUUGCGGCAAAAAUUGCGAGUGAAGAAAUUCCAGAUGAGCUUUGGGAGACUGUUAAUCCAUCCAGGGAAGAAGAGGAUGACAUGAGCACAGCCGACAUGUGGGUUAGAAAGGCCGCACUUGCCGAUGAAGCUGUUACGAGGGAACAGGCCGAGGCUAUCCUUAGAAGUGGAAAGGCGGACUACGAAGCUUUCACUCUUUGGUCGGCAAAUCGACAGGAGCUAUUUCUACCUAAGUUUGGGCAAGGUCAUAGUCUGACUAACACAGUAUUUGAGAAGUUCAAGGGAUGGAAUUCGGUAUUGGUGCAUGAUCCUGCUUUCGGAGAUUUCAUGGAGGUCAUUGCGGGAAAAAGGAAGUGGAGUCUUGACGACGUUGCCAUUGGAUGGGGGAGGGCAGCUAGGCGAUUGCAUCCGACCAACUGUGCUUCUGAGACAAGAACUGCUUUCACGGUGUACGUAGGAGGAACAGGCAAGGAGGACUCUGUGUUUGCGGAGAGUGUCGAAGCUGCGGAAGCAGCAGGAGGAUUGCAGUUUGCUUUACGUUUUGAGUUCUAUGCUUUAGAUGCCGUCUGCUCGGAAAACCCGGCAGAGAGAAUGCUGCAUUGGACCAGACCAGGGGCGCAGGCGAGUUUUCGAAAGGUACUCAGAGCUGGGGGCAAGUUAGCGGACCUAGAUGCAGAAGCUCCAAUUGUCGGAAUGGAUAUACCAGAACACUGCGUGGCGGGCUUAGUCAAGGAACUGGGAGGCCUCCUGGAGCAGAAAACCAAGUCAGGACGACCAUGCGUUAAGGUGGCCACAAGCGAGGAGUGGAAGGAUGUCUCCAAAGGGAAACAUCACUCAGGGCUUGCGCCUUUACCUUCGCGUUUUCUCUGUGAUAUCAAGAAGGUGUCGCGCGUCUUUUUGAUAAUAAAACUUCGGUGGGCACCGGGUGGACAUGUGCAAAGAAACCAGAUCGAGGCGACAACGGAAAGAAGUGAGUAUGCUUCACCCACUCUUUCACCGCUAGAGCUCCGUCUUGUGCUUCUUUGCGGUAAUUUUUUCCAGGACCCAAUCGUCAUUAUAUGUGAUCUGCCAAGAGCAUUCAACCAGUCAGAAGAGUACGAAACGGCUGAGAGGCCGCGAGUAAAAAUCGCCGUACCUUUCAAGAAGCCGGUGAGGGAUGUAUUGGAGCAAGCUUUAACACGUGUUGGCGACAAGAUUGGCAAUCGCCUCGAUUUUGAGAGUGGUUACAUUAUGAAUGUUCCACAGUGCGGGUUGUUAGAAGCUGCCUUCCGUUUCUGGAAGACGGUCAUAAAGAUGCACUCCAAAGUUGGGCUGCUAGUGGCUUUUGCAUCAAGAGUGGUGUUUCGGUUGUGGAGUCAGGAGAAGUUGGUGGCGGUGAUGGGGGAACAUGUGGACGAUUUUAUUGCGAUGCUGGAGCGAAUUUUCAAGGAGGAGCUGUUGACUCGCAUUCGUUCAGUUUUCUCUCUCGACUCGUACAUAGUCCUUGGUGAAACUAACGAGACGCUCACAGGAAAACAGUUUAAGUGGGUGGUUGAUGGAAAGAAGAAAGGCAUCAUGGUCACGGUGGAGGAUAAGGUGAAUGAGCUGAGGGAAUUUCUUACUGACGAGGAAGAGGUGGGCAGAAAGAAUGAGGAUGAGGAUCGACUACUGCGUCCGACGGAAGUGGAGAAGAUUCAGUCCGUAAGAGGAGCAGCAGGGUGGUGCAUCGAUCAGCUUCGUUUCGAUCAGCUCUACCUUCGCAAGGUGCUGCCCUGGGGAGCAGAUGCCAACAAGACGGUGGGGCUCACUAGGAGGUAUAACCAAGUGGUGAGUAGACUUAAAGAGUUUCCAUCACUGGGCCUCUAUAUGCCUCAAGACCUGGGUACAGACCUGGCGUGGUUGGCUCUAUCUGACUCGUCAAUGCAGAGCAGACCUUUCAAAGUUAAGGGUGAGAAGAACGGCAAGAAGCCUAAAAACGCGGGCGCGUGUGUGGUGGUGGAUAAUUCCAACCAGGAAGAGAUGGAAGCGGCUGUGAAAGAGUCGCUCCAGCCUCUUAAUGGGUGCAUCUUGGUCGUUUGCAGCUGGUCACAGUUGGUUAGAGCUUCGGAAAGCAAAGAAGACAUCGAAAUUGGGAUUGUGGAUGCUAAAUUGAGCUCUGGUGAUGCGAUGUACGGUUCUUCGUUUGGGAAUGAGCUCGAUUCGUAUGUGGGAGGAGUGCACCGAACUGAGACAGCAAGGGAAAAGUUGGCUGACAUCAUUACGAAGCGCCCUUUGUUGGAACAGGAAAGCACUGCGCUGAAGACAGGGGAAAAGGCCAAGCUAGCUGAAGUGGAGGAGUUGCUGGAUGGCAAGCCAGGCACUUUCGCACGAGUGCUAGAUGCCCCAGUUUUUGAUCUACUGGAUAAUAGUGGAGCAAUCUCACGGAUAAUCUCUAGGACACCGAUGAACGAAGGAAACAUCUGGCUGCUCAAGAUUCUACUCCGUGCGCGGAAAAUGUACACGGUGUUUCCCAGGAAGUUAAUCCACAUCACCGACCGGAUCAUGAUGACGGACAUUAUCACUAAGUAUUUCUCCAAUAAGCAUGAGAAAAUGGAUCGAUUCCGUGGCUUCAUGCAGGGGAAACUUAAGUGGUACUCUCCUGGAGAUAAAAGAUCACAGGGUGGAUUGGGUAUGCUGCGGGGUAAUCAGGCAGAAACGGAGGCCGUGCGACCAGACGGCCAGCAAGUGGCGGAUGUUCGAGAUAAGACAGUGCUAGAAGGCAUCGAGGAAAAGGCUACAAGGAAGUGAAGGGUGUGACUGUGAAGGGAGGAAGUUUUCUGGAAAAAGAGCAAGUAUGAUCCUAACCCGAAGAGACACUCUUUCUAAGUUUCUACGAAGUUAGUGUUCGCAGACGUAGAGAAUCUUUCAUUCUGUUGAUAUUCGGCAUUCUUUUCAAGACUAGAAGUAAAAAAGUUUUUAAACAACUCACAGUAUGUCACUUUGAAACCAUAAGAAGGACUUUCUUCAUGACGUGAAAUAAGAAGAGAAGCAAACUGAUAAGGACAAGUUUUGAAGUCAAGUUGUAAAAUUACUUCACCAAAACAGGAAAAGGAAGGUAGUAUGUAAGCAAGAAGGUAGUCUUUGUUUUCUGUAAAAGAAAGCUCAGGUAGGUUUUUACUUUUCGGAAUAUAGUCUAAAUUCUCGUUAGAAGUUCUAGGUUAGAACUGGGUAACUGCGAGGAACACUGGGUAGGUGUUCGGGUGAAGGGUUUUCUAUUUCUGGUUGAAAUAAUAGGUUCUAAGGUUGUGAACUCGAGGUGAGUGAUCCGUUUUUUGAAGAAGCAGUAUAGUUCUGGUGAACACGGUUAGGUUCUGCUUAAGGUUGACAUAGGUAAAAAACAAGUCAAACGACAACAGUAGUUUUGAGUGAAGUAAAUCAUAUUUUUGGGAAUCUUGGCUAAGUGUAAGAGUAGCAAGUUUGUCGUGAUGGAGAGUUUAUUUUGCGCGUAGGACCUUAAUAAGGAUGUAAAAUAGUUUCACUUAGUAAAAGGUAGUGGUAAGAGAAAAAGGAUAAUUAAAGAUAACAAGGAAAAGGGUGCGGCGCAGGAUAGCGGUUUCUCUGCGUGUGGUUGUCAGGUGGUGACUUUGGCUGUCAUGAAGAAAGAGACGAACGUUGCGCGUUUAGUGCACUACAUUUUGGUAUCUACCAAAACUUCAACCGGGGGUCACUGUUAAAUCGACAAGUGUUGCCCUAAGGUUGUGACUUCGGUAGUUUCCAAAUGUUCGUCUCGAUCUCGUUUUCUUCUUCGAUAUGACUGGAGCCAUCGUCUGAACCGAUGACAACGAGAGUAAUCGCAUCUUGUGUUCGUAACCUGUAGCGGGAUCUUUGUUUCGAAGGAGGUGAGAAAGUGGCUUUUUCUGGAAGUUGAGCAAAGUCGAAAGUUCUGUUCGUUUGUUUCCAUGCUGAGAAAUCUUGCAUCAUGAAGAAUGAGAAUGAUGGAAAAUUCACCAUGCGAACUUUGUCAACUUCUUCUGGCUCAAGGCCGCGCAACAAUAAAACGAUCUUAGCAGCAAAUGAAAUGCGACUUGAGUCACCCCAUGAAUUCCCCUUAUUGUGUCCUGAACAUGGACACACUUAUCUUGUGCUCUAGGUCGAGCAUGAUGUGUUGUUCUUUCUUUUUGUCAGUAUCUUUUCUUUCCGUCAUGAAUCUAGUCGGUCAAAGGGACAGUGAUGCGAAAUCGGCUCUUAUUCGCACCACUAUCAACAAUAGUAAUUUUGUUAUUGUUCUUUCUUUGUAUAAUAUUAAGUUGACUUUCUAUUAAUUGAUUUUGAUGUCCCCAUAAAAUUCAGAAGAACACUCAUGAUCGUCAUCAUCGACACGGGAAACAACUCUCAUCAACUCCAGCGUCGCUUAUCCAAAAAGCGGCAGUCUCCUCGAGCAUCAUGGAACUGCAACUGUGCCCACCUCUCACGCGGCUCUUUCCAAUAUGCACUUCGAGGCCAUGGCCGUCAUCCAGAUCAUGACUACUGCGUUUAUUGCCGGUUUGGCAUUGGGUUGGUGUCUGCGCCGCCGCUGCGAUCAUCGCAACCAGGCCUCCAGUGGUGCUCCGGAAUUGCCGAAGUACGGCGCCACUGCUGAGGGCCAUGGUAUGGAAGAGUGCUAGAAUGAAACUCCAAUAUCUCAGCAAAUAUUGUUGGAAGCUAGGAGAUUAGAAAAUGUCUGAGUAUUUAUUAUAGUUCAUGUGCAAAAAUUCGUUGUUUUUGUGACUAUGAUUGUAUUCUUCCGGUACUUGGUAACCUGAAAAAUUUGAUCAUAAGGGAAAACAAGAAGAGAACCCUUGCGAUCGAAUUCAGGCUACCAAAUACCGGAGCCAUUAAAUGAUAGGAGGGCACUCCUUGCUGUAUCUGAAGAUAAUGCUGCAAAAAAGAGGGCUUGGGCUGAAGGUCUUUUUGAAAGUAAAUACUAUUGUCUUACUACGCUGUGCAUUGAUGUUUGAACUUUCGCAAUUAUUUUCGCGAGGAUUACCAAAAUACAACUGGAGUCUCUGCGGAGGAACAACUUCCUAUCUCUAAGAUCAUUAUGAUUAUGCAACGAUGUUGAAAAAUGUAGUAGUUGAACACGCGCAGGGAAAACAUAGUGUUGAUCAUACAUUAUCGUGCCUAGCUGAGGCUGGACCCGAUAGGGGCAAAAUAAUGAAUUUCAUGUGAUAGAGAAACGCAUAUUCUAAAACAACGCAAGUAACAUCUAUUUCUAGUUAUUGGAAGUGUCCGUGUAGUUUUGGUGAGGCAGCUCGAUAGUAACCGGAGGAAGGUGAUACUAGAAGAUUAAGUUUACCAUUGAUUCGUGUAGAAGCAGAUGGAAUUAGCAUUCUGCUCAACUUCCAAAAAUGUAGUAGCAUGAGUUUUAGACCCGCCCACUCAUAGAAUCAGAUUCCUAGAAAAGAGAAUGAGAAGUCGUGGAGUUUACAACGAGGCACCUACUAGAGCAACCCAACGGACCCAACCUCCCGACCGAACCUAUCCCCAGCGAAUGUCUGUCCUUGUCUCAGUCGCAUUCUGACAGAUUUGUGCACAAAAUUUAGACGUCGGGAUUGCAAGUUGAAGAUUGCCGAUCAUGGCUCCACUUCUCGCUGAACCUCCGUGCAGUAUAACAGGAAGCAACUACCAUCUACUUUUCGACAUAAAAAUUGUUCGAAAAAAUGAACGCAAAAAAUUUCUACUCUGUUUGAGUAGGUUGUGACCAAGAAACGCGUGGCAAGUCCUUACAGUGCUUCUUCGUUUGUUCGAGCAUGCUGCCUGGGGAAUGUGAUGGCUUGAUUGUGGAGCUGCGAAGGGAAGUACUCUAUUUUUUUAAGAUACUUUAAAAAUCGCGCCACCCGCUCUGCCUUUAAUGUGAACACUGGAGGACACUCAGUGGGCCCUCAAGGUGAACACUAAGGGACCCACGUGACGCCUUUGUUUAAUGUGAACACCGAAGCACCCUUAAGGCGCCCUGCGUGUGAACACUAGCGGACCCUUCAGGCGCCUUCACGGUGAGCAGUAAAAUACACCAAAAACCGCGCUACACGCUCCGCCUUCAAUGCGAACACUCAAAGACCCGCAAGGCGCAACAACAACCACAACAACAAGGGACCAGCGAGGACUCACCCCCGGCGAAGGGGGUACCGUACUGAUUACAUUCAUACGGGCUGGCAAUUGGGUUUAUUCACUAGUGCCCAGCCGUCCUCCUGUCCAGCUUGUCCCUGCUUGUGUCCGGCUGUCUUGCUGUCGGGCUGUCUUUCUGUUCAGCUGUCUUACCGAGUGCCCAGCUGUCUUCGUGCGGCUGACAUGAGCGGCCCGCCCCGGGAAAGCGUAAAAAAGCGACCCGCAAGAGAGAGGGAGAGAAAGGGGACAGACCAAAAAGCGACACGCCCCAGGGAGGCGCAAGAAGCGGCCCGCAAUAGAGAGGGGCAGCUUGAAACCUUUUGACGCAAUCGGGAAGGGCUGCAACCUCGCCGAGGUUUUUUACAUUGUGAAGCGCUUCCAGUUUUGACGACCUCGCCAGGAAGAAGCAUUGAGGUGUUCGCUGGAUUAAAAAGCUAAGUACCCCUUUUCCCCUUGGCAAAUCAGGAGGACAUGCCUGGGCAGUUUUCGCUCCUAAGUUUCUGCUAAAAUUCUUCUAAUUUUGCAGGAGUUCCGUGUGGUGCUGUGAGUUUGGUCGGCUGCUUGUGGUGGUGAUAGUUUUUCCUGUGUGGUGGGCUUAGUCGUGUGAUGGUGGGGGACAUGCGGGCUUUCCGUGGCCUUGCGGUGGUGUCGGUCGGGUGUCUCCUACUCAGAAGGCCUGGGCCGGCUUGGCGGCUGUCAGCUUGGCGCCGUGCUCGGGUGUGUUCGGGGGUUCUAAUUUUUUUGCUAAAAUUCAUGCUAGUAAUCUGGGGCGCUAAAAAUCAUGCUCAUUCUGCAUGCUAAUUCAGCGCCUCUAAUUCGGCGGGAUUUCUUGCUGGGAUGUCUUUCAUAUUUUCUUACUCCAAAAAUUAAAUUGUAGUGCUAGUCUGUAACUCUAAUUGUCUUGGGGGGGUCUCGAGACCCCUCUAUUAAAAUUCCUCUUUCUAAGUAAUUCUGUUGGUCAUGUAUGGUUCAAGCCUCUCGGAUGUCGUGGCGUUCUGUUCUCAGUGGCUCACACAAAGCCGCGCGCUCGACUGUCAUCGGGAUGAUCUCACAAGACACGAAUGUCAAUGAUCAUGAAUGCUACUCCCAAUGCACAUUCAACGCAUGAUCAUAAUGAUCAAGGCGUAGACUAGGUACGGUUGUGCUGAUCCUAGUCGUAUGAUGCGUGUUCAGUCCGAUCCCUUCUGACGUGCAUACGUGUUGAUGUGUGAUUCAUCUCACCCAAUGAACCAGACAGGGACUACACCAGCCAGAGAUCGCAAGUCUCAGGCAGGAGUAUCAAGAUUCUGACUCUGUUUCUCCACUGAGAAACGAACCAAGGCGCGGAGGCCUGUGUUCUUGCGGUUCAACAAAUUCGCUACUCGAGUUCGGUAUUCUAAUUUUGCACCCCAAAAGUCUGCGCGUUUUUGCGCAUAUUGGGGGGUUGCGAAUUAGAGUGCCAUAUUAGAGUAACGAAUUAGAGGAAUUUUAGAGGGGUUUCGAGGAACCCCAAAAACCAAAUUGGCGUAAUAGAUUAGCGACUUUCUGAACGGGCUCCCCGCGGUGCAUUCCGCCGGCUUCUGCUAAAUUAGCAAACAUUUUAGCGCCCGGAUUAGAGUGGUCUCGGGUGGAGGGAUAGCUGCGCGGGAGGGCCGUCUGCCGUGUAUGAUUCGCGCUGGCUGUGUUCUUUUAUUGGGUCGCCGGGUUUUGCAGGGUCUGCGCAGGGGUAGGGCUGUGGUGUCUGCACUUACGGGCAGCCCGUUGCUCGGCUGGUCGUCGUGUUUUUGGAGGUGCGGCCGGCGGGUUGUAUUGCGUAGGGUUGGCCAGGGGGUGUCGUUAGCAGUGUCGCGGGUGCUUCUGAGGUGGUUGCGUCCGGGAAAAUUAGCAGAAUUUUAGCGACGUUUUAAAGGAUUAGGGUGGCGGGGGUUGUCCCCCUGAGGCAAACUAACGGUGCAAGAACAUAACCAGAGGCCGCCUUGUUCUAGGCGUUAGCUUGACACUCGACGUGGAGCGCCUUUCUCAGCCAUGUAGGCUCUUGCGUGGCGACUUGGUUGCUUGGUCGUUUGGUCACCAAUCGGCGGAGGGCGUGCAGCGUGAACGAAGUGAAGACUCCCUUGGGAUGGACGUACAGCUGAAGUGACGACUUUCGGGGGCUGACACUGUCCUCUUCCUUGUCGAUUGGUCUGCUUCUUUGUCCAUCGGUCCGCCCCUUUGUCCCUCGGUCGAGUCUGCUUCUUUGCCCAUCGGUCUCCCCCUUUGUCUCUGAGCAGGUCUGGGCCCGCCUGUCUCCUGUGUCUUCGGUGUCUGCUCCCUCGGUGCUCGGUGUCCCUCUGUCCUCGGUGUCACUCUGGCUUCGUCCUCGGUGUCACUCUGUCUUCGGUGUCUCUCUGUCCUCGCUUGGUCUCUCUGUCCUCGCUCGGUCUCUCUGUCUUCGCUUGGUCCCUGUGUCCUCGCUUGGUCCCUCUGUCCUCGCUUGGUCCCUCUGUCUUCGCUUGGUUCCUCGGUCCUCGCUUGGUCCCUCUGGCUCUGUCUUCCGUGUCCCUCUGUUCUCGGUGUCCCUCUGUCCUCGGUGUCACUCUGUCUUCGGUGUGUGUGUGUCUGUGUGUGUGUGUCUGUGUGUGUGUGUCUGUGUGUGUGUGUCUGUGUGUGUGUGUCUGUGUGUCUGUCUGUGUGUGUCUGUGUGUGUGUCUAUGUGUGUGUGUGUCUAUGUGUGUGUGGUGUGUGUGUCUGGGGUUGGCUGUGGCUCUGUGGCUGUGUGUGUUUGGUUUUGUGUGGCUGGGUGUGUUUCGUAUUCGUUGGCGCCGUGGUAGUAGAGGAGGUCGUGGGCAGCGAGGCUGCCAUUGGCCGCAGUGAAGACAAUCCAAGUUCUUAGACUCGGCGAAAGCGCGUGCAGAACGAUUGAGGCAGCAGUGGGAAGAGGAAACAGGUCUCCUAGCAGAGGGCGCGAUCUAUCAGUCUGCAAUGAAAGCGGGCGCCACGACAUGGGCGACUGAAAAAACCCGGGCUGGUCGCUUGGCGCGUGCGCGGGCGGUACUGGGAGCAGUGGCGCAAAAGCGGAUGAGAUGGCGCCAAACGAAGAAGGGCCUUCGGCUUCUUUGCCGCGCGGGGCUGGUCCUCAACAUACAGCCCUCCACAGACUCGGACACGGCGGGCAGAAAAAACGAGACAACAAGUUCGACUGAACUGCACUGGUUCUCACAACGUUUUGCACGGUCCGGGAGGGGCGACGACGCUAGUUCGACCUCACAAAAACACCGCGGAACAAACCUUCAUUUUAUUUUGUUCGUCUAAGUCUCUUGAGCUUUCUCGAGAUCGUCACUGGAAUACGUAAACGCUGACACUUUAACCAGGUCGACGUGGAGGUCUUUGGCUUUCUCGUUUUACUAUAAGUAACUUUUCCUCGUCAAAAACAGUACUAACAUUUUCGUAUCAUGCGGCGCAUGCUGAGUUGUAGAUCGAUGCAGUAGAUCUCCACAUCACAACAACUUCAGUCGCUCGACUUCGAGGAAUUUGACAAAUUUAAGCAGUCUGGGAAUGACAGUGGGCACUGCGGUCGUGGCGACGGUGUUGAUCGUCCCGCAAUAUAAAAAGCGUUUUCUUUCUUCACUUCGAAGUCUCUCUCUUUAUUGAGUCACCCUGACCACUGUUGGACGUCUAGCAUUAACUGUGACUCUUGAAAUGCCUCAAUAACGUUAGGAGGACGUAAAAAGAGGUUACAUCAUGACAUGACAUGUAGUCAAGUAUUAAUACUACGUUGGUUUGCAUUUAAAGAUGAUUGAAUUGAAGAUAGUUUGGAGAGAGAUGAUGAUGAAAGACGAUAAGCAAGGGUGGAACAGACACAAGAUCUUCUAGAUCAAAAGGUGAGUAGAAACAGAAAUGAAGUCAAGUAAUUAUGUUGCUUGUGAGAGUAUCUUUUUUAUUUUUAUCUCCUCUGAAGAUAACUCGACGCAAAUUCAGUAUCUCUAUCUGUGAUAGACACGCGGAGAUGAAAACUUGAUGUCAUCUGUCAUGAGGAGUGGCUGGUGUGAGAGUCGAGUGGUAGUUGCAUUUGUAUGUCACAUGAUUUUUGUCUGUUGAGGAUGAGUCUGUAGUUGCGAGGACGAACAUGUACCAUUAGUUGUUAAAU